AUGGCAGCCAAGCAGACAGAACCCGUGACAAUCAUCAGCCUUCGGAAACUGAGCCAGGCAGCCCCAGAACCGCAGCAGAAAGAGACAAAGACAUUCACAGUGGAGGAUGCAGUGGAGACCAUCGGCUUCGGGCGCUUCCACAUUGCACUCUUCCUAAUCAUGGGCAGCACCGGGGUUGUGGAGGCCAUGGAGAUCAUGUUAAUAGCAGUUGUGUCUCCUGUCAUCCGCUGUGAAUGGCAGCUGGAGAACUGGCAGGUGGCGUUUGUCACCACGAUGGUGUUUUUUGGCUACAUGGUAUCCAGCAUUCUCUUUGGUCUCUUGGCUGACAGAUAUGGCCGCUGGAAGAUAUUGCUGCUCUCAUUCCUGUGGGGAGCCUACUUCUCCUUACUGACCUCUUUCUCUCCCUCCUACAUCUGGUUUGUCUUUCUGCGGACGAUGGUAGGCUGUGGAGUGUCUGGCCACGCACAAGGGUUAAUCAUAAAGACUGAAUUUUUGCCCACAAAAUACCGAGGCUACAUGCUGCCCUUGUCUCAGGUGUUCUGGCUUGCUGGCUCCCUGCUCAUCAUCAGCAUGGCCUCCGUGGUCAUCCCCACCAUUGGGUGGCGCUGGCUCAUCCGCAUCGCCUCCAUCCCUGGCAUCAUCCUCAUCAUGGCCUUCAAGUUCAUCCCUGAAUCUGCUCGCUUCAACGUCUCCACUGGGAACACGCAGGCUGCGCUGGACACCCUAGAGAGCAUCGCCAAGAUGAACCGCUCAGUCAUGCCAGAGGGACGGCUGGUGGAGCCCAUUCUGGAGAAGAGAGGAAGAUUUGCAGAUCUACUAGAGUCUAAAUAUCUUCGGACCACAUUACAGAUCUGGGUCAUAUGGCUGGGGAUUUCUUUUGCCUAUUACGGGGUCAUCCUGGCCAGUGCUGAGUUACUCGAGCGGGAUCUGGUCUGCGAUUCGAAGUCGGAGUCAGAGCCAGAGGUGGUGGAGAACACGGGGGACGCAGAGGAGGGUCGCAGUCCCUGCUAUUGCCACAUGUUUGCGCCCUCUGACUACAGGACCAUGAUCAUCAGCACCCUCGGGGAAAUCGCUUUGAACCCUUUAAAUAUCCUGGGCAUCAAUUUCCUGGGCAGACGACUGAGCCUGUCCAUCACCAUGGGCUGCACGGCUUUGUUUUUCCUUCUCCUCAAUAUCUGCACUUCAAGUGCCGGCCUCAUUGGCUUCCUCUUCAUGCUGAGGGCCCUGGUGGCGGCGAAUUUCAACACCAUCUACAUUUACACUGCUGAGGUCUACCCAACGCCGAUGCGUGCUCUAGGAAUGGGGACCAGUGGCUCCCUGUGUCGCAUUGGAGCGAUGGUAGCUCCAUUUAUAUCCCAGGUCCUAAUGAGUGCUUCAUUCCUGGGAGCCCUAUGUCUUUUCUCCUCUGUCUGUGUUGUGUGUGCCAUUUCUGCAUUUACUCUUCCCAUUGAGACCAAAGGACGUGCUUUGCAGAUCUGUGUUCAAGUCCCUGGGGACUUGGAACCAUGGCUCUCAGUAUGGAACAUGGAGGCCCACCAAGAUCUGGUUAUCACCAAGAAAGGAGCCAGAUACAUGAAAGGAGAGUAUGGGGACUUUUCUACAUUAGAGUACGGUGCUAACAGAAAUGAUCUGCAGUUGGUCCCAUCACUGAAUACUAGUCAGACAAGAUGA